GCAUGAAACGAGUGGCUCGCCGGAAGAACGUAUUUCGAGACGGAGGCGGGGGAAUGGCGGCAUCGACAGCAUCACUAGCACCGCCGUUUCGAUUUUCUAUCUCCUUCACAAGCUGCAACGGCCGAGCGAGAGCACCUCCGCCCAGUGCCGUCCGGUGCUCCGCCCAAUCCGACGUCGGUGUUCCUUCUGUGCUCCGCGCAGCCAAGUACACCGUUGACAGUUACAUCAAGAGUGGAAUGGUGGUUGGGCUAGGAUCUGGCAAUGCUUCUAGCAUGGCCAUAAAUUAUCUUGGUCAGCAACUCCGUGCAGGUGCUUUGGAAGAUAUAGUAGGGGUACCCACGUCUGUUACAAGUGCUAGCGAAGGAGCGAAAUCAGGAAUUCCUUUGGAUAACUACCGAGGAUAUUCUCAGAUUGACUUCGCCUUUGAUGAUGCUGAUAUCAUAGAAGAAGACACACUCAUUGCCGUCAUUGGCCGCCGAAAAUUGGAAGGCGGAGAGUCAAUAAUCCAAGAGAAAUUUGUACUUAAUGCAGCCAAGAGACUUGUAUUUAUCAUCACAGAGAACAAAUAUAAAGGUGCUCUAGAUGGUUCUGUUCCAGUCUUAGUUCAAUCUCUCAACUGGAUGGAGACAGCUGAAGAGAUUGAUGAUUUGUUUCUGGGAGAUGCAGAGGUCUGGAGAAGACCAUCAAUAGGACAUGCUGAUCCAUUAGGUGGAGAUUUUCCAGUAGUUACCAAGGAUGGCCAUAAUGUUCUUGAUGUCAUAUUCACAUCUCCAAUUGCAAACCUUGCUCAAGUAGCUGACAGCCUUGACAGAGUAGAUGGAGUGGCGGACCAUGGGGUCAUUUCUAAGUUUCCUUGCACUGCAGUGGUUGCAUCACCAAGCGGAGUUUCUGUUAUCGAUAAUGUGCUGCCAAACGUUGCUGGGGAUUCUGCUGUAUGAACUUAUAGAAUGGUCUGUUUUUUGAACGUGGUGGGAAGGUAAGUAGAACGUGUAGAAACCAUGAAGACCAGAGGAAAUGCACAACUUGGUAAAAAAUUUCAAGUACUCCUUGAUGAUAUCUCGAGGCAUCCUCUUUCCCUUUCUUUGACUGAACUUAUUUUUGAUUGAAAAGUUUAAUUUCUACAAUCCAUAUUGUAUAUUCACAGUACAAUUUAGAAGUCUUAGAAUGUUAAGUGUUACCUAUUUGUUGUGUUUGGUUAAAA